AUGGUUGGCAAGGAGCGGAAACAGAAGUCACCGCAGCCCUUUCAAAAGGAAACUCCUGGUCAACGGACAAAACGUGAGCCACAUUGACGAUUUUACGUACUAUCAACUAACACCAGCGAAUAUGUGCACUUAUAUAUUUAUAUACAUGUAAGAUUAAAAAAACGAAAGGGAGCAUUAGUUUAAUUUCCUAACACGCUAUGUUAAAGAUGUUUGUGCGUUUAUUUUGUUCUCACAAUCAUAGACAAGGGAUGAAAUGCUAUCUAUAUACGUAGUUUGUCUAUAGCGGUUUUCCUCGCUGAGUUGCGAUUUAAUUUAUACCAAAGUGUCGCACAAUGAUGAUUAAAUGACGGCCACGUAAUUCUUUAGCAUUUCGUUAUGUUUUAAAUGUAUCCUACUUUGCUCAAAGUGGCAAGCGUGCAGUCUGAAUCGUUUUUGUUGAAUCCAAAUCUGAUAAGCAAAGGGAGAGUGGAAAUUUCACAAUUUGAUCUGGAAACCCAAUAUAAUAUCAUUUCAUCCUGCUGCGUUAGACGUAAACUUCAGAUCGAAAGCUCGUACAUUUUCCAUAUUUGUCUAAAAGUGUUCUCUUUGGACCGAAAACUAAGACAGGGACGGAAGCGAAGAACACCAAGGGAACCAUUAGACACACGUUUCAGCAAAAGUACAUUCAACAAUCCGCUCACUACAUAGAAGAGUUUUACAAAGAAGGCUGGUUCUCAAACGCAAACUACUACUUGGAGACUGAGAACACUAUUUGAAUGCUAGUCUCAAACAGAUGUUAAGAACGUUGUACACCGUCAUUUAAAGUCGAAUUACUUGUUACUGCAAAUCCUCUUAUUUGCGUUUUCUGUGCAUAGUGGGAAAUCGAUAAUUGGUAUUACAAAUACCACACCGUUUUCGGUCAUAUUAUUUGGAGUUCCCGUUGUCAAUUUCAGGUUGAAAGCCCUCGCAUUCAAAAACAGACUGAUAUGCAAAUGCUACUCGUUUUUAUUUAUCGUUAAGGGUCACAGUUAGGAAGAUAAAAGAUAAACUUUGAACUUCAAGUUACUGUGUUUUCAUCCAUGAGGCCACUUAAGGCAGUUUUGCAUAGAAAUAUCCAUAGAAUGCUGAUUUAUACCUUCAAGGAAUUGAGUUAAUAGUGUCGUAGCUGUAAGAAUUAAUAGAGUUUUAGUUGUGUAGCCUAGACCGAAUUACCUGCAAAUCAGGUGGCAAACUGAACUACUCGGUUAACGUUUACCUGUGCAGGAGUUGGGCUGUCGCUAAUGGGUAUUAAAUGUGUUCGUCGGAUGUCUUCUUACGGUAUUUCAUGCACAUAUAUACACAACAGCUUAUGAGGCGGACGAGUGCUAGCAGAAAUGUCGGAAAUGUGUCGAUUGUUGAUCAUUUUUGAAAUUUCGCCUGCUUUUGUACAUUUACUCAAGUCUGACCACGACCUGGGAACUGACGAAAGUCCGCUAAUAAAGUUCUCGCUUUUCUUGAAGAACCUAUUGUUUUGAAAUUAUAUUUAUUGAAAUAUCUGCCCUUAUAUAUAGAUAUAUAUAUCCAUAUACAGAAAGUAAGUAUCACAAUAAAAGGGGAAACCGGGAUAGCCAGCUCUGAUUGAGACCGAGUCUCAAGGAAAAAUAGGACGAGCAUGCACCGUAAUCCGCUCGACCGGUGCCCUUGCUGCGAUAUAUGUCUAUCUAAAUAUGAGAUGAAAACCUGCUCCUAGUCAUUGAUCUUACUAUGUAAUUAUGAAUAUUAUUGCCGUGUACACCUUGGCUUCAAAUUAAGAUAACAAUGUUUACUAAGUCCUUGCGUCGCAUUUGUGUGGUAUUUUCGGGAUGCGUUGAUUGGUCCGAAUACAAAUGUGUCUGAUUUCCUAAAACAGGGACAGGCGAUAUUGCGAAAAGAUGAAAAGUUUCAAAUUUCCGGUCUCGGUGCUUGUAUAUCUAAAGUUUUGUUAAGGAAGCAAUAUUUAAUCUUCCCAAGUUUGCUGUUUGUCAACGCCCUUUCACAAUAUUUUGUGGGCGAAAAUCUGUCUCUUCCUUCGUUCUACCCAGAAAAACUAAUGCAUGCACAAUGACUCGAAAAUUUUCCACUUUUCUAAAAAAGUAACCCCACUGCUCGCAUUUACACUCUGUGAAUGUUGUUUAGAUUUACGCAUUUCGAUGUAUACUUUGGUACAUUGAUUACACCAGAUGGAUUUGAGGCCAAACUGUACGCUCAUGAUAGAAUAAAUAUAUCAUUCAGCACAACGGAAUGUAUACCUAAAUCUACUGCAUUUGGCAUUUUGGCUGUAUUUUCCAGCAUCGAUCACUUUUCUAAAUCCGUGCAAAUCAUGAAAACUUAGUUAGUACGUUUAAAUUAAGCCCUUCUCCGUAAAUACAGUCAUCUGGUCCUGUUGCGUCGUUUUAAUGAAAACUCCGGAUCGUUAAUUUAGUUACCCGUCGGCCAUCAGCACAGCGACAUUUAAACACGAACUGAUAUCUACGUCGAGAGAGAGAGAGCUCAGUUGACAGUCUCCGGUCGGUGUAUAUGUGCGGCAGUGCAGUAGCCUUCGAGGCAGCGGUAGGGUGAGGGGUUCGCAACUAACUUCAGAUAACCUCUGGACCGCGUCCGACGUUGAAUGGUGGUUGAGGGGAUCUCACGGGUGGGGCAACAUACAGGACGGAGAGCGAUCAGACACAGAAAGUAGAUGAAUUUCUGUCGAAAAUGUUAUCGCACGCUAAAAUUCGGCAAAGAAGGUGAGUGAGACAAUUAAAAAAAUAAACAAAAAGCAAUUUUUAAACAGAUAAAGGACUUUGAAUAGAACGCUGCUGGUAAGUUUACACUUGGUCAGAAAGGGAAGGAAAUUUCAAACAGUGGGAGCGGUGAAUAGCAAGUGAUGUUUAGAGUCGCACUGAAUCUUAGGGCAUAUUUUUGUAGUUCCCAUCUACUUGUUGGCUCAACAUCCUAUCGCUACCGCCUUCGAUGCCAUCAAACGAAGCAAAUAAGUAAAGGAGCAGGAAUGAAAGACAGAGUAUGUAAAACAUGAAUAUACGCGGGCUGGAAGAAAUGUAGCUUUAUCUUCCAAGACCUAUGUGUGCCUAGUUCUUAACUUACGCAGAACAAAAAGACCAGACCAAAACAAAAACACCGCGCUACAAAGAGCACGCCCUUGUGUUGUUUUUUUGUUGUCAUUUUAAAUGACGGAGUUUGUUCUUUUAAGAGACCUAGUGUAUUGUGUACGUGCGGCCAACUCAAUGCCGGCGAUGCCGUUAGUUGGGCGAAUACUUUAACCGGAAUAUAUAACCAUUAACGAUAAGAGCAAUUUAAAAUUAAAUGUUUGACUUUAGGGAGUCCUAUUGCGUUUAACCCUCUGAAAGUGAUAAACCCCGAAAUUUAACCACCGGAUCAAAAUCCAUCAGUCCUUUUAACACCAUCUUACUAAGAUGGAAGCUCACUGGCACGCUACUCAUUUGGAACCAACGGUGUUUACGUCACCCAUUUUAAAAGGUACGAGCAGAUACACUUUAAAUUAAUCAUUGAGAUUCGUUAUUCUUGCAAAGAGGAAGAAAGCGCUUUAUGGGGAUUUUUACAUUUACUUAGGACUAAAAUCUAGGCAGUUAGGUGACUCUGAUUAUCCAUGUUUUAAACCCCCUCCCCUUCCAUCUCCUUCAGACAAAGAGGAGAUAAAUAAUGAUGAAGGUAUGAAUCGCUGGCUGCACGAACAAGCGGGAUCCUUGUUGAUCUCUAAUCAACGCAGUCCGGGGCAACACCGUAACUGCUGCGCAGCUGGUCAUGGUCAAAACGAUAACCUCUACGACAAUCACGACCGAAAUUCCGAGGAGGACUUUCCAAGCCCGAAACGCGCGGUUAAUGCAAACAGGUGGGCAAACUAAAAUCUUCAGCAUACACUGUGUGUUCGGUGCCCAUAUCCCAAAGAUUCAGUAAGCCACUAGACACGGCAACCUUAGAUUACAAAUUUAGAAAUAAAUGUGGGUAUGUUUUUUUCCCUGAAAUAAACAAUCACGCAAAUGUAAAAUACCGCUAACCCCAACAGGCCUAAGUACAGAAAGGACCGAAAAAUAGCCUUCUUUUCACGAAGUGUAUUCAUACAAAGCUUUAUGAGAAAUAAUUAGGUAUAAAACAAUACAAAUGACAGCUGAUUGCACAUCUAAGCAACUCGUUACGAUAAAAGGACAGAAACAAUCAGCAAAGUUUGGGUGAUUUAAUGCCAUUGCACAUCUCAUUUAUGAAAUCGUGUUAUAGAGAAGGGGGCUUGUAAGUAUGGAUUUCUAGAAAUUUGAUUAGCACAUUUAAAGGCACACUGGACUGCUGCGGAAAUCCUGAUCAUUUUGCGCUGGAACGGACUUAGAAGAGAGCUCUACCCAAAAUAUACGCAAAACAGAUGGUCAAUUCUUACUACAUCAUCUUACUGUUAUAUGAGGGAUGAUGGCCAUACAUCAUAACCGAAGUGAAGUUGAUUUGCGGAGCUGACUUUGAUAGUUUGUUUAAAAAUUCCACCGAUGCCCUUCUUACGCAGGGUGUUGUAUAAAUAGUAGGUGUCGAGCCGAUGAUAAAGACUUGCGUUCACAGGAGUUUCUAAAUAACUGGAAUUAAGUAUACUGAGAAGUACGCUGGAUUUCCAUUAAGAAGGGCUCCACAGCAUCGAUAUGAGUUUCUCCACCCUCUCUUAUACAGCACUGAUCAGUUCGAUAGCUCUAACAGACUGAUUGUGCCGUUGGAUCCGGUGGCCGAAGUGACGCGCAUUUCCAUCUUACGAUAGUUCGACCGUCAUUGCCGAAGAUGUUCACAGUGUGCUCUACAGCUAAGUGAGAGCAGGCACGAAGACGUUCGCGCAAAUUAGUUUAAAGUAAAUGUAAACUUGCACAGCCCCCAUCGCACUCUCUCCUCCUCCCCCACCUGGACCCGGUGUCAAGACACAGUGAAGAAGACCGGAGACGGGGGAGCGCGGUCGAACCCUUACAUUGGUGCUCCACUCCAUGCCCCCUUGUUCCAGGAUUUUGACCAGCAACAGCAACAAUGGGGAGCACCGCAGGGGUCCCAAUGUGCGCAACGUACGCCGGCAACUGGGUCCGCAGUCGCACCCCGAGAUGUUGACAUUUGUUAUGGGGUGCAAUCCGAUAACUCAUAAUAGGAUCCAAUAUGGCUUCCGUGUUGGUUCAGCGCAUUUACCCGUUUGGGGGGACGCAACGUGCGUCACACGCAUUUAUAACAAUAUCUACAGACUUUGCAAACAAAGGGACUCAGCGGAGGUGGAGCUCGUCUGUGUGGCCCACUGCACUUCCACCAGGAUGAAGCGACUUCUCCAAUCAGGUCUUGCAGAAGUCGGUAAUAGACUGAGUUAUUUUCUUCGUUCGGGGAUUUUAGUCGUAGUCAACGCAUCUGGUAUUCACUGAAACCCAUUACUUAGCAGGCCCCAUAGCUUCCAAUUUGAAAAGGAAGUUCCGCGAAAGCCGUCUUAAGUAAAUCUUUGGCGGGAUUUCAAACACUUAGAGUGAGUUUAUAUGUAGAAAUAUGUUAUAAAACUGGCAUGACCACUCUGUUGCUCUUAAACAGAUUGAAAAAAACAUCAAUAGGGAGGCGUGUUCUAAGAUAUCAAGACAUCAUGCGAGGUUAUCAACAACUAACUGUCCAACGUCAAAGCACUUGCCAGUUAAUUAACAUCGGCUUUCGGAAACCGCAGGGUUCGCACGCAUUUUUUCGUGUGCACGAUCUAGAUCGCCACUGCCUCAAACCCACUAAAGCUAUAACCCGACAGCUCGAUCGUCGCGAGCGACGAUAACAGGGAGAGGACAGGGAUGAUGACUUGCUGUGAACUAGUUUCUAGUGGUAGGAGACUUACGCAGCAUCUACCCCACUCCCUCUUCCUCUCCUACCUGGACGUGGUGUUAAAACAGGGUCAAGAAGACCAGAGGUGGGAGAGGACGCAGGUGGCUGGCACGGAGAUUACCCGCACAUAGGCGUACCGCCACACGUGCUGGUCCACAACAUUUGCUGACCAGGAUUUUACAUAACAAGAAAAAAGUGGGGAGUGGCACGGCUUAGCUUGCACUUGGACGUAGAAUUCAACCCCAAUGUUGGCUGCGCAUUUCCGAUAACGGCUACUGGAUUCCGAUCUAGCUCCCGUAUGGAAGUCGUACUCGACGAAGUACACCCCUGCCCCUCGUGACAAUUACGGCCGUGAAUUGUGCCGGAGAGAUAGGGGCGCUGCAUUCACACCGUUCUUACAAUCCUCGACCUUGGAAAUAAGACAGAUAAAGGCAGAAUUUUGAGUUCCAGGUGUAUGCAUAAGUACAAAAGAACAGGGUUCGAGCACCGGAACAUUUUGUUUAUUGUCCUGAACUUUCGAACUCGAGUAGGAGCCCAUCGUCAAAAACAGGUGCAAAAACAGAACAACCGACAGUUAUAGGGCGUGUUAAUUAAUCAUUGAUCGAUGGCGCAAGACUGGAGGCACCUGCGCACGGUUCUGUACGCCGGCGUCAGAUCGAUAAAUCGCUCGAGCGAGUCCUCAACUGAGGCCAAAACCUCAACCAUUCAUCGGCCUGUUUUGUUUCCGCGUGGGCGAUUAUCUUGGCGGCUGUGAGAUUAAAUGCAUGGCCAAUUUCGUAGGUGUGGGCGGCCACUCGUAAUAAUGCGUUACCUAGUCGCCCAACCAGCUUAUGUUUGUGUAUGUGUGGAGGAGUGGGACGACUUGGAUCUAAGUUGGCGCGGCUUGAGCCUCCACUUGGACGUAGCACCCAACCCCAAUAUUGGCACUUUUUGUGGCUGCGCAUUUCCGAUAACGGCUAACGGAUUCCGAUCUAACUCCCGUAUGGGUCCAGCGCACCUAUCGCAUGGCCCAUCUUAGGGACCGGACGGUUGUAACCCAGAUGCUAAGUAAGGAUAUAAGUGGACGGAUCUGGUUCAAAAAUACAGAAAACCGACUCGCAAGCUGACCUUUCAAGCAGCUACCGUAAAUUUUCUAGACAUUUCACAUUCUGCCGACACCCUUUCAAUUUCCUUGUAGCAGUCGCCUCUAGAAAUGCCUUAUACAUGCUUGUUUAGGGCAUUUAAAACAUGUGAGGCCCCUUCUGACUUUGAUUAAACCACUUCCUUUUAAACCUUCCUAGGGAAAUUUCUGCCUCUACCUCGAUCCAGAGCAGAAGCAGUGCCGUCUCGUCGGCUGGCGCUUUGCUUCUAGGACGUCAUGUUCUGGCGCCACGCAGAGAUGAAGACGGACGUCUCUACCUUGCAGUCGUCAAAACGCAGGUUGGUCCGCUGUCAUCAUGCAUCCAGUACCAGCUUUCAUGCGGGAACAAAGUCGUGAAGCCGGCUUUGAAUGGUCAUUAGCUCAAGUGCCUUUAUUGGGAGCCUACAUAGCCACUGGCGAAAAAUUCGGACACAGUGUCUCGUCUAAAAUAGUCGUACUAAUCCUCUGAGAAAGUAGAUGUUCAUGCAGAUCAUAGUUUAAAAAAGUGCGUCUAUAACCGGACUGCUUAGUCUACGCGCAAACAUUGCUUAUCAAGACAGCUAAAUUGGCGGAUUUGAAAUUCAUUUUCUUAAAGUCUCGGACUCGCGUCAGAUUCUUGCAUUAUUUUUCAGCUGCUUUGGAGGACUUUCUAAAAGUCCACAUAUCUAGAGCUCCACGUAUUUCCCCUAUUAUGAAAAAUGGUGUCGAAAAGGAUCUAUAAUGACGAGUUAUUGUAGAAACCAGAUCACAACGCCAGUCUUUUGCUUUGGGUUAAAUAGACUAGUCGCUCUCCCAAAUGAGCAAGGAUGAUGAGGCGUCGAAUAGCUUACGCGCAAUGUAAAGGUGCUGACAGCCUCUGCAGGAAAUACAUAAAUUGAAGGCCCUCGCGAAAUGCUCGAAGGCCAAUUAUAAGUUACGGUCUGGCGCCAGAAUCUUAAUCUGCGUUCCAAAGAGUCAGCUCAUGAGUGGGAACUGAGAAUAUGUCAUGGGAUAGCACUAAUUUUAAAUCUUGUACAAGUAGGUGGUAUAUGAGAGACGAGAUCACCUCAGAAAGUCAGAAAAAGCGAAGUGCAUUUUUUUAAAAUAUAUCUCCACUCACUUAGCGCAACUAGGUCAGGAGGAAGUCAGAAAUGAAUGUUUAAAAGUAUUCCUGACAGGACAGUGACUUGUUUGCCGUCAUUACCUAGCAGCAGCUUUAAACGGCCGUGUCGGCUACGAAAGGAAAUAUUUAAGUACCUAAAAAGCCACUUAAUAAGUCGCCCUAAUAGUAAAAAACACCAUGAUAAUGUUUUUGAAUAAGGCAAAGGCGACAAAAAAUUCAAUAUUUACUGACGUCAUAAAUUUCGAGUCCUCCCAUUCAGCGGCGUACGGUCAUUGCAUAGUUAUAUGACAAGGCAAACUGUUCAAUCAACGAUCGACCUAGAAAGAUAAAACUUGAUAGGUAACCUGAAAUGUGGGUCUAGUAUGAGGGUGCAUAUGGCAAGGGGGGGAGGGGGAGACAAGUCAGUGAGAACUUGUCCGGCGUGAUUUAGAGUGCAACGCGCGGGCGGCAUCCAGUCAUGCCGAGGAGGGGGUGGGGGCGAAACGAGAGGGCGCAUAUGGGAACCGGGUUUCGUCCAUAAUCGAUCCUUACCAUGGUAGUGCCAGGUUUAUCACUUGGUCCGACUGCUUACAGAGUUCUGGUUUCCUCCUCCGUAUUGCAGCGGCCUCUGCAAAGCGCAAGAGACGCCCGGUCGUCGCCCGAAACAGGAUCUUGAAUGCAACCAUUGGGUCCACCGUAUGGCCCGUGUCUACUAGGUGCUUUGUGAUUGAGCUCUUGGGUACCUUAUUUUCCGCCUUAUGCAGCCACUUCGGCAGGUGUUCAGUUGGCCGAGCUGUCAACUGCCUUUGCGUGCGUCCAAUGUACUUGCAUCCGCAACUACAUGUAAACUUAUAAAUACAAUUUGAUGUGGCGUGCAUAGGCAAAGUGUCUUUAGCUGGUCUAACUGGGAUGGUCAUUGUGGUGCUUAUGAACAACAAUUUAGAGGCGCAUACGUCCUUUCGAUUGUGCACCGGAGUCGUCGUUUGAUUACGUUCGACACGUUAUCACCCUUGAAGGGGAGGCGGAUGGUCACUGACUUUUUUGGUACAGAUAUUUCUUCAGGAUUUUCUUGUCUGGGAUGGUGAUAUUUAUCGAUGAAUUUCUCCGCAUACCCGUUUGCAAGACAAACGUUCUUCAAGAAAGUAAACUCGUCAUCGAUCUUAUCUGAGAAGCAGAUACUGCCGGAGUCGGAACUAGAGCCGCGGGUCCUUCUGCUUACAGAAGAGUUGCGGAUCUCGACAGUAAAUAAUCCAGCGAAUAAUUUCAGAAAUUACUCAGUGCAGGACAUGGAGCUAAGUCUCCGGCACAUGACUUUUUGGGGUAAGAGCCGAAAUUUCAAUGAACUUUCGAGUCGAAGGCAAUAAACUACUGUGAAAUAACCACGAAAUGCCCAUUCUACAAAUAAGCUGUACUACAAGUAGUAUGAAAUCCAUAUGUCAAAGUUAAAGUAAGUGGGCUAACUCAUGAAAUCUCAACAGAAAUUCUGAAAUGCGUUUCCAUUUCGAAAAAAUUAAUUUAGUGGGGUUGUAAAAACAAUCAUCGUGCAACAUAAUUCUAUAAUAAUUUAGUUACUCCAGAACUCCGGCUUCCGAGAAAACGUCUUUCCAGCUGCAUCGAAAAACCAUUUUCUGUAAAAAAUGACUACUUAUGUCGCAUGAAUUUUUCUCAUUGAUUAUCGAUCCUCCUAAAUGUCCAAUUAUAUUUCAUGGAAAGCAUGCAUAAAAUAUUCAUUCCCUCGCUCAUUCGGUAGAAAAUUACGUCUUCUUCCAAUUGUGUACUCGAAGGAAGGGUAUUAUUCAGUUUUCAAAAACUGUUCCAAUUCCCGGAUAAUUUUGAACCCGACCUGCCGUUACACUAGCAUUCAGGGUUUCCAAACUACAAGCCGUCUUUUUUCUGCUGUAUUAAGAGGUGACCAUAUGGGGUUCAUAAAAUUGAGCAGUGGAGCUAAACCACAUUGUUACCUUUACAAGCAACAUUGGUAAAUGCAGAGACAUGACGUUUUAUGGACGGCCAUUUCACGACAUUAAAAAAUCCCACAAUCACAAACUUUUUAAAACCGAAUUAUGCCCUUCCUUCAAAUAUAAAAUUGAAAGAAGACGUAAUUUUCCACUGAAUGAGCAAAAGAAUGAAAAUUUUAUACAUGCUUUCCAUGAAAGGGCAUCGAAAACCAAUGAGAAAAAUGCAUGCUACAUGAGUAGUCAUUUUUUACAGAGUAUGGUUUUUCGAUGCAGCCAGAAAGACGUUUUCUCGAAAGCCGGAGUCCUGGGGUAACUAAAUUAUUAUAGAAUUAUGCUGCACGAUGAUUUUUUUACAACCCUACUUUAUUAAUCUUUUCGAAACGAAAACGCAUUUCAGAAUUUCUGUUGAGAUUACAUGAGUUAGUCCACUUGCCAUAAGCCCAGGCACGUGUUUCGAUGAUAUUCUGCCGCUGCACGACACAGCCGCGAGGGGUUCGGAUCCUCAGCGGGUCCUCCAGCGUCCUUUAUGCGGUUUCUGGUAUAUGAACUCCAGAGGAACACGUGUCUGGGCUUAUAACUAGUGCCUUUGUCGGGGGUACGACAUAAUACCUUUGUCAUAAGUAGAUAAUCCGCCAGUAGUCUUUUCAGUUUCUCUUGCUUGACCAAUAGCUCUUCUUAUUUUUCGACUGUUCGCUGGAAUACGAUCAUCUCAAAGCGUAAAACAAGGCAUUAUACAUGUCUUAUCCCGCCCAUCACAACCUACUGGCGAACCUCGCCUCUGUGUAAGCAGUUUUCGCCGCCUGGGCAUAGUCAGUAAUGAGGUGAGAUUAUUUUCUGAACGAUGUGGAAAACCAAACUUGCUCGGAACUUCCAUUCAAAUGUUCUUCUGCAAGCUGACAAUUCAGUGAACAUUCAAAAACUUUGAAAAGAUUUUAAAUUUUAAAUCUGCAACCUUUCUCAUUUCCAGCUUACGUUAUGCUGAGGACGCAGAGUUGUCGCCAUGUGUUUGGGAUUAAAGGACUUAUCUGUGAAACAGGCGAACGAUUCGUAGGGGACGGAAAUGUUGGUCCCCCUCGCUACAGAUGGUUUUGCGUUGAAUUCUAUCGAGGUCGGAGUCACGGUUGAAGCUAGGACACAGGUGUAGGUACAACCCCUGCAAUCUAUCGCAAGGUCAACUGCGGUAUGGGGAUCCUUAUUCUCGUGUCAAAUCGAUAAAUCUUUAAAGGUUGAGAAGCGUUACUUACAAAGACGGGCGAGACUGGAAGGGCCAUUUCUGGCCUAAUUGUCGUCAUCUGCCAGCUAUACUUUAAUCCCUGUCCUACGUUUGGGAUUCAAAACCAAAUUAGCCUGUAAUCAAGCACUUUCAAGUCAAACUCUCUUCCGUUUUAGUUAUGUGCUCUCUUCCUCUUGGUUGUGAGCUUGAAUACCCAAAAGCACAUGUGAUUGGCACUGACUGCUUUACUCUGAUUAGAGAUUGGAAGUGCUACCUCCUGUUCGACCUUCAAGGCAGUAGUUUAAAGUCCUCUCAGACACAAGGCCGCAUAAUUGUUAAUAGUGGAAGGUUUAUUCGCGAUGUGCAUGUCACAGAACCCAGCAAACAUUAGACAUGUAUUCGUCAGGUGGUCUGCUGAAAGCAAACGAGUGCAGCAAAACGAUCUAAGACGAAAUAUCACAUCGCUUUGAAAGCAAGUUUUCGAUAAAACAGAUUUUUCCAAUAAACGAAUAUAUAAAAGACCUAUUUCUAGGUCUUUCGUACAAGCAGCCUGUUGCUGACAUAUAAUUGUCUUAUGACAUUAAAAAUAUAUGAACAGCAUACGAGUUUGGUUCAGUCCUAUUGACAUUACCGUGGGAUCGGGAAAUAGGUAUGGCUCGUUGGAACAGAUUCAUUGUACUGUUGGCACUUCGGGGAUAGUGGAAGGUUAUCCGUGUUCAACAAAGUUAAAUGCAUGAAAUCGACCAGACAUUCGAAAGAAUUGCUGCGCUAUUAGGACUAAAACACGUUUACUUCGUACUCUUUCGCUGGGCAUGAGAAAAUUCCUGCGUUGCUUCUCAUUAUUCCAAAAAGCUGGGACUGUUAAAAAGGAAAUAGUCUAUCUGUCCAUGAUCCAUCAGCACAACAAGUAAUUUGAAGUUUUAGUUUAUCUUGUAAGGAAAAUGCCUUGACGAUAAGGAGCCGCCCAAUCCCCACGGGACUUCGGCAACACAAUAAAUUAGUUCCAGCAAUCCCGUCCUCCUAAAACAUUUAUCCUGAAGCUCUCGAUUUUGCCAUCUUAAUCUCCAUGAGUGGUAGAAACGAUGUUUGUUUGGCCUAAUUGAGUGUAGAUUUUUUUAAUGUCUGCUAUUGCGCUUCGGCGUUUACUGUGACAGUCGAUUUGAAAAACCGGUGUGAUUUUAAAAUGGAGACACGAUUUUUCUGCUCCGGCGAACUAAAAAUAUCAGUGACCUACACACUGCUGCGUACUCGCGGCCUUAAUAAACGACAGGAUUUUAUUUUGAAAAACGUUCGUCGGUAGCUGGUGAGAGUUCCUUUUAGGUGAGUUAUGCCGCGUCAAAAGAGCAGUACAGGCGCGGAGAAGACGAUGCCGUAUUUGGAAAAAAAUUUAUUUGCCAUGUUCCAGAUUUCGUGCCAUUUUCUUGACUGCUUUCUGGGACACCGCCUUGUCGCUUCUAUCGGAAGAGCAGUCCGACCUGAAGCGGGACGAACCAUUUAAAAAAAUCGAUAAAGCACCUGGUGAUAGGUCUUUUUGUUGUCGUACCUGGAAAUGAUGUGCAAUUAAGUUAAUAUACUAAUCAACGAUAAACUCCAAGUUCACAUAGCGGUAGCGGCCACCGGCUGCCCAGCGGGAAUUAGUUCUGCUUUAACUAAGAGUCCCGGUCUAGAGGCAUUCUAAGUGAUCGUGCACUGACGAACAAUCAACAAUGAAUAAGCGUUAUUAGAAAAACGGCGUAAGUCCAGAGUAUCCAAAGGUCCAAAGCGGGCUUCAAGACUGGAUAACUCCCAAGUAAGGAGAUGGGAAUGGCGUUUUGCGCUAAACCAGGAGUUAGUCGCUAAAAAGUAUUUUCUUUUGAGACUGGCAGCUAGUUACUGCAGCGUGCGUUUGGAGUGUCGCAUAUCCUGGUAACCGUUAUCCUUCUAACCUAUAUAAACUUGCUGACUUUCAUGCGCAACUCCUUUUGCGCAUGAAUAACCCGACUUUACUUCAUAUGUUGUCAUGGUAACAACUCAGGCCUUGUUUAAAAGAUGAAUUGCCAUUUCUGAGUGCGAUUGUUUGAGGAGAAACAAAUGUCAUAGCAAGUUAUUCCGAUACAUUUGUUUAAAAUGUUUUUCUGCGACACCGGUGCACUGUGGAGUAAGAGAGGGAUAGAAAAGCUUCACUCGGGCUUCCUUCCUACUUGGUCCACCCAGACAUUCCGAAAUAUUUCCAUCUGCCAUUAAGAUAUGGAGAUUUUAACAAGCGAAACUGAAAAGGCGUCAAAUAAAACAUUUGGAGGACAAAGUUCCUGCCUUAAAUCAUACUGACAUAUCCAGUACUAUAAACAGAAACGAAAAAGCGAGCUCCUUACCCAUGUUAGGAAUUGCGAAAGUUGGCGAAAAAUGGAAAUAGGAUGGCCAGUGUACCCAUCGAAGUGCCGAUCAACUCGGCUGCAUUGAAUGAAUGCCAGAAUGUCCAAAACACCAGCGUAACCCAGUUAAAAGUUAAUUAAAAUAGACAUUUUUGUCCUAUCACACAAAAUAAAAAAGCCCUAAACAAAUUAUGACAUAAAACUGCUUUCAGCUAUACUGUUUACAAGGUUUGUUUGCAAAAAAGAAUCCUAUGUCUUGAAAAACUGAUUUGGAAGGACAUGAAGGAACGAAAUAGACAGUGCGUAGGCAAUAUAGGAGUCUUUAUUUGGAAUGGUUUUGGAAAAAUUUGCGUUUCGGCGAGGUGACAUUAUGUUGCGCCCAGGAACUUAUGAGGAAUCCGUGUGAAAUUGUCCUAUUUAGUGGUAGUAUGGAAAGACUAUAAAUUGCCCUGCACAAAUACAUUUAGACGUGUGUUUAAAGUCGAUUUCCCAGUAAGACCUUUUGAAAAGACAAUGGUUUGCACUUCAGAUGUUAGCCCCUUUGACGGCAAUUUUCUAAAAAACACUGCCCGGCAGAUAAUAGAAACGAAAGAGCGAGUUCGAGAAAAAUCGUCGCGAAGGAAAAAAAUCGAACGCUGGAAAAUAAAUUAAUCAGCCUGAACUUUCGGAUUCUCACUCGAAUCCAUCUUCAGAGACAGUCAGGAAAUGGUGGUGGAUUGCCCAUGUGUUGCUGUAUUUAUGGGCUGUAGUCGCUAGGCCGCUACAUACUUAUCAUAAAUGGCAACUCCCAAGUGCAUCAUGGCUCGAUUGGCCAGGCGUUGAAGUAUGCAGUUUCCAUGCGGUUGUUAUGCGCCUAUGUGCCGGUCAAGAUAACCAGUUCCCAUGCUCGUCGCACGCAAGUGAGUUGCUGACUUCCGGAUUUCCUCAUCCGUGUCGACUCCUGGGGCAGUUUGACUCUCAGAAAUUGACACCAGAGCCUCUGGUUAUCUGCACGCUCUCUUCGCUGCUAACUGUUUUGCGUAAGCAAACUUCGGACACGAACGGCCGAGCACGCAGCAGCAAUGAGGAGGAACGACCUCAACUCCAAGUCGCGGCCCAUUCAACGGGAUCCAAUCACACAUUUAUGUUCGACGAAGCAGGACUUCUUGCUAAAGAUGAAAACUGCGUGAUUCGCGAACUACUCGAGUCAAGGUUGUCCGGUCCUCACAACAAGAGCAAUGACCUCCCCUCUCCAUAUUCGGCGCUGAGACUUUGCUCACGCAAAACAGUUAGCCUCGAGGAGAGCGUACAGAUAACCUCUGUCUCUGGUGCCAAUGUCUGCGAGCCAAAUUGUCCAGGAAUCCACACUGAUGGCGAAAUCCGGCAGCCAACAACUUGACUGAAUGCGACGAGCAGGGAACGUGGUCAAUCCAUUACCCUUUCCUGAUCCUUUCUCUGAUGAUGGAUUCGAGUAAGAAUCCAAAAUGUGAGGUUAUUAAGGCUUUUGUUCCAGCCAUCUUGCCGCAUUCUUCACAGCUAAGAAGUUUCUCUGUGAAUUGUUUCCACGUUAAGAUACCGCCAAUGAAAUAAGAACUCCCUAGCGACUCAGAAAGUCUCGUUUAACACAAAUCUCAGCCUUACAGUUACGAUGGUAAUAGAGCCCACCCAACUUGGUAUUUGCAACUGCGGAACAAACCUAAUAAGCCGUAGAUAAAUGUCACUGUGGAUCAUUUUCUGCAAGUGUAAUUAAGCCGAUUAGGCACAGGACUAUGGAGUCCUUCAUUGUACAGGGUUGCCUUGCCCUAAAUUCUAGAAUUAGGACUAUGUGCCGUCUACCUUGGCUUCUUUGCAAGACGGAGACGAUUCGCUGGACGAAUUAAAAAUAGGACCCUGUUUAACUUCCGAGGAACUUACUGCGCGAAUUCGGAGUAAAUCCUUCGGGACAGACCUUUUCAGGCAUGAUUCCAAAUUUAAUAUGCAUAUAUGAGUUGAAAUCCAUCAGCUACUGUGGAAUAACCGCGUAAUAUUCACAAACCGCCAACAGGCAGCUAGUAGGAUAGAAUUUUGUAGUUAUUUACCGUCCUGUUGUCAGUACGGUAAAUAAUUUCAUAAUUCCAUAACCAGAGUCUCAAAAUUUCAUUUAGAUUCAUCCUGAAAGUCGAGGGUAGUAACAUUCGUAUUCCGUUGUCUAUCUUUCCCAUCUAACACACCCACUUUCAACUGUGUUAUCGUAGACGCUCUGGAGGAGACACUUACACUUUUAAAUAGAGUAAACUGGGGCAUCUUUCGUGAGGGAGUUGGCUGCUGGGGAUUAGGAAAAAGAAAAGUGCGAUCUGAACUUGCAGCAAUUAAGCGGGGAGAGUUUUCACUUGGAUCGCUACAAUCAUCAGGCCAAAACCCAUAUUGGAAGGAAGGACAGAAGGCGCCAGAAUGAGGGGUUUAUUGUAUACGGAACCCCGAAGUGUCCUCUGAGGUGACAGUGGCCACUGGCGAAGCCAGGACUAGUGUUGGCUGCAUCCAGUGAUGUCUGAGAGUUCCUGGGACAGUGGUGGCAGCCGCUUUUGUUGACUCUCAAGUGGUCUCCAAUCGGUGUGUGUUGCACUGGCAACGGUAUAGGGAAGGACCCACCUUAACUGUUAUUAGCCAGUGGAUCGUGUCAUAUAGGGCUUAUCUUGGGAUAUAUUUGCAGGCUGUAGCAGAAAUUACGCUGCCAACAACGAUUUCUUCCCAGGACCUCAAACCUUAACUAAAAAUCGGUUAUUUUGUGGAAUUUACUUUUCGUUUAUUGUUUACUUACAACUCCCAUUUCCGUUGUCCUACAAUAGUGCAGAAUAAGACUUUCAGCAUAAAUCCAAGCAUUUUCUGUUUUUUAUUUGAUUUUGUCAGCGUACUGUCUAGCGUGCUGCCCCACACAUCAGACUUCCUUUACCAUAAAUCACAUACUGCAUGAUCCACCGUCUACUAACAGUUAAUUGGGGUCCUUCUCUGUACCGUUGUCGUUGCAUUUGCCGAGGGGUGGUGUCUCAGUGUCUUAGGUUGUGAUUUCAGGGGGAGAGUUACGAUAAAAUAGCCGCGUGUGCAGGUGUGACCGUGUGGACUCAGGUAUGUCCGAGACGACGUCCGUCGAGUGGCUUCAGGUCAGUACGUCUACAACGGCUCAUUGUAGUGGGGGAAUGACCUUGAGACACUGACGUCAGACUGGCCAUGAUGGUUGCCCGCAACAAACUUGUUUCCGAACAAAACACUUUCAGGCAGUUUUCCUGCGUUACCAUAUUCUACCCCAGCGGGUGUUCUGGCGUCUAUGAAAGGCUUGAAAAGGUUUGCGCCUCUGAGAGUUUUAAGCGACACUAACAGUUUGACUGAGGGUAAUCGCUUAAGCUGGCGUGCACAAACGCACUGAUUCUUGAUGUGCCCACUUUAGUUAACUUUCCAGUCCAGUCCCAUUCGUGACCUCGGCUUCUUGGAUCAAACUCUCAAAUGGAAAAGAGACUGGGCCGCGAAGUUUAAUGGUUUUUUUUCAAUAGACUCCUCGCAAUUGGGGCGUGGCUCGACUGCAGGCAUCUCGUUGCUGUGGUUACCAACACGCGGACAGGUCGACGCCAAAAGUGCUGGACGGGCGGCCUUUAAGGUCCCCGCCGUCAACCUCAAGGAAUUGCUGGACGCUAUGGAGAUCGGAAGUGCUAAGAGUACAAUAGGUGGCAUUUUGUUUCCACAUUGGUUUACGCAUAGACAAAGGACAUUUCCUUGAAAUUUAUCAAAAAGGGGAAAAUGUUAAAGGCCACAACGGGCGGAAGAGCUUGUAGGCAGGGCUGCCUGGAGACUCUGGAAAUUGGACUUACGAUUAAAAUUUUCAAAUUUAUGACAAAAAUUUUAUAACAUACCACUGGAACUUAAAAAGCUUGUGCGGCCUAAACAGACUCAGUCUGGGAAGCAGACAUUUUCGUUUUUUCGAGGAUUACUGUUUUCGGAUGAGCAGCUUUAUACGGCUUGUUUUUUGCUAAGCAAGUGGUUAAGUCAUAUAAUCACCAAGUUAGUGCUUAUUAAUAUUAGGUCAAUGUUUUUCAGAAACCGAUGGAAAACAGCUCUCAUAUUCAUGGCAGUCUUCGAACUGAACAUUUAAAGGCCUAUUCUGGGGACGAUACUCCAAGCUCACACAAUAAUUCCUGACGGGAUUAAAAACCUUACAAUUUAGUGAACUUUAAGUUACGUGUGCAUUCUGCGAGUCUUUUGAUGAGCUUAUUUUUGGGGCGACAUUUGGAACCUUUUAAAACCGAAUACCUUUCCUUCAAACAUAAAAUUUGGAGAAGACGUAAUUUUCUACCUAAUGAGUAAAAGGACUAAUUUUUGUGCUUGUUUUUAUGAAGUAUAUUUGAAUUUAUAAGAAAAUCGAAAAUCGAGGAGAAAAAAUCAUGUUAUUUAAGUAGUCAUUUUACAGAGUGCAGUUUUCACAGGCGACCAGAAAGAAGUUUAUUUAAAAGCCGGCAUCCUGAAGGUUCUGAAUUAUUAUGGGGUUAUGUUGCAUGCGGAUUUUACAACCCUUCUUAAGUAUCCUUUCCGAUUCGAAAACACAUUGCACAAUUUUGGUCAAAAUUUCCUGAGUUAGCACAUCUACUGUAAGUUCUAGUAUUUAAGCCCCUUAGUAAAGUUCACCUUUUGAUCAUCAGUUGGAGAAAAUCCCGAAAAUAUGAGGAUGUUUGACAAGAACUCACUGCAACGCAAACACUUUUUACAGUCAUCUAGUGUCAUCUACGGCAAACGUUAGAUUUUAUUCGGGAAAAACGGCGACAGACUAGUGGUUUGCUGAUAUUACUAAACUCCCUAGACCUCCUAGAGCUGAAUUAUUAUAGUGGUGGUCAGCAAUUUGAAGUGUGGACUCAAUAAAGGUUUGUGACUUUCGAGAGUUUAAUUCUUGGAGGUGUCUUAAAGUGCAGAUUUUUGAAAUUGAUUUUGUGGGCAGUAUGUGGGGGGUGUGACUUUUUUGUGUACGUUUCUGCUCGAGGGUCCCGUGGCAAAUUUAAGUACCGCUGGAGGAACACGCGCAGUUCAGGGUGACAACAAUUACUCAGUUAACCUUGAGAGCUUAUGGUAACAGAGUAAGAGAUAUCGAUCGUUAGCAAAUAAAGAUACCAUUUGUGUUCACGUACUAGGUUCAGAACGACGAUGAGCCAAAGCUCAUUCACGUAAAUGUUAAAUGCGUGAAUGUCUUAAAAAGUAUUCGGAUCGAGGGGAUGGAGCGAGUGAGCUGAGUGCGGUCAACAAUUCCUACUUACCGAAUCACAACAAAAUGGCGAAAAAUAUUGUUAUGCCUGUUUUCUUGAGUUCAAAGCUCUUUUAUGACCUAUAAGUCGGUUUGUUACAAGACAUUGUGGGGCAGAGAUGGCAAACAAAAACUGUUGUGUUUCGUAGAGCUAUUCUAUGGAAACCUCAGGGGUCGAUGAAUAUCCGGUAAAAAAGCCGUCAGUCAUUUUUAAGAUAAACUUCCAACGACAGGAUCGGUAAAUGGAGAAAGACAAAGGAUAGAAUCGGUCUUUCAUCUGCUAGGGGCUGCUUCGACUGCGUUACUCACCCGUUAUUCUUGUUGCCUUAUACACGAGAUGCUCCCGUCACACAGUUCGGGAAAACGAUUAGAUCGUGUGAGACUAAAACCCCACCGCGUAUACCUACUUAUUUUAGCUAAGUAGCACCAACUUUAUGUAUACACUAUUUUUCUUCCUACCAGACUCGUUAAUCACAUAUUUUCCCCAGAAUCCUCUUCAGGUAAAUGAUAAACCCGAAAAGGUGGAAAAUCAACAAGUCAUUGGACAGAAUGUCCACUACGGCUGCAUUGUAAUACCGUUGAAGACCUGCGAAUUAGCUGCCUGACAUCUGUUUAGUGUUCAUGUGGAGGCAAUCAUUCGUUGUAUGAAUUUACUAAGAUCCAACCCCGUUCCCAGGGCAGACAGUGGGUGAGCUGAAAUGGAUGACUGAAGCCAGUUAGGCGGCGGUUGCACGAUCAGGUUUUUUGGGUUUAAAGAAUAAAUCAGCAGAACCAAGGUGUGAAAGCUUUUAGGCCUGGGUGGUCCCUUCCAACUCGGUCAUUUUCAUUUAAACUGAAGGCAGGAUCGCGAAGUUGAUCGGUUAUAAUACUCAGCGUGGAGGGUUAGAGAUAAGUUCCGAAAUUCUUGCAGCGAGUACGCUGCCGUUUUCCUGAGUUUUAACUGGUAGAAUUGUUUGGUAUGCUUGAGAAUUGUUGGCAUUGUAUUUGAAGACCAUGCAUUUCGUUUAGGGACCUCUUGAAAUGAGCCAAAAUGCGGUUGUUUCUUAAUACAAACGCUUAAAAAGUUUCCGCUUUAAAUUAUUUGCUAAUUCUAGAGGCCGGGCAAGCGCUUUGGAGUGGUAUUUUGCCUUCCAUUCGCCGAACAUACGGACAGCCUCGAUUACUGUCAUCAGGAAGUCGGACUGGAGGAUCUGCUCUCGUACUCUGACCUCUUUCGACAUUCUCUGCGUCCUGGCGACAACGCCUUGACCCCGGCUAUUCUUCUUCACCCCCAUCGAAUGGCCGGCCAGACUACAGCCUUGGAGCCCCCGUUUGCGGGAGAACCCUACGUUCUGACGCGAGUAGAAAGUGGCUACGAGCAGAGGUUUCGUAAGUGACAUCAAGGUUUUGCCAACUUUGUUAGUUGUCCGCGUGUUUACUGCAAUUUUCAAUUUUCAAACUGACUCAGGAGGCUUUCAUACCACGGGUCUCACCGGUCGCAAAUAAACGUUUGGCUAAUCGAUGCCUACUUGUGUUCAAUCCCUAUAUACAGUAGGUGGGCUAAUACAUGUAAUGUCAACCAAAAUUCCAAAAUGCCUUUUCGUUUCGAAAAGAUCAAUUGAGUAGAGUUGUAAAACUAGUUAGCCUGCAACAUAAUUCUAUAAUAAAUAAGUUACCGCAGGAUGCCGGCUUUCAAACAAACUUCUUUACUGCUGCGAGCAGGAACUACACUCUGUAAAAAAUGACUACUUAAGGAGCAUGCAUUUCUGUCAUUGCCCGACAUCGUCUACUAACUACACGCACCUGCCUUUUAGUGAAAUAACUUUUUUUUAAAAAACCGCUUAUCGGGAACUCAAGGAAUUCUGCGUUAAACGAGGAUGCUUAGAGAUUGUUUCACUAAAAUAUUGUCUAUUUUGCCACGAAGCAUGCUUUCUAUUCCACAGAAGUUCGUCAUAUUUCUUGCGUUAUCUGCCUUUUAAAAUGCAUCUUUCCAGCGUCCCCAAAAGUUUCGUUCUUAACCAGAUUUCACUUUGCAAGGCGGCGGAGGGAUGCUCACUCACUAUGCUUAACUCUCCGCUGAUGUUAUCCGCUGGUAGCCUGCUUAAGUCCAAACUGCAAAUUAGAGCAACAGACACGACUUCGUCCUUAACUUAAUCAUGCUCGGCAAUAUCAACAUGAGAGUAUCUUGGAAUCUUUACGAUCUUCCUUCUGAUUAGCAGAGAAUUUAAAAGCUACGAACGGAUCUGUACAUUUACGUCGGUCGAACUGAGUACAGGGUCUCAUCCGAGAUUCCGGUUUUUGCUAUUGGAUCCUAGCAGUGUGCUAUGCUGAUAUCCACAUUUUGUGGGACAAAUAAUUUUGUAUUCGAGAAAUAUGCAAAGACUAUGUUCCACCCGAGCCCCACAUAUACGAAGACAUCGAGAAGGGAUUAGGUCAACUUCGAUUUUCCUUUCAGUUUUUUUAUUUCUUGCGGAUAUUUGCUGAUUUCGGAUAAUUCUACUUCUCGUAUUUUUUCUUAACCCCCACUCCAUCUUGCAUUGUCAUUUCUCAAGACCCAUUUAACUUCACCAACGACAGGUAUUAUGCCAGCUAUGUUUCAAAUGCUAUAUGUGGCCGAACACUUUGCGUCACAGAGGAUUAAUUGACCUUCAUAAACGUGGUCUCAUUUACUGCAUCGUUUUUUAGCGGAACCUGCGCCAGACGACAGAUGCUCCUCUCUUCUUGUGCAGGUCCUCACCGGAGGUCACAGUCGGGAGCGUCCGCGCUGCUGCGAGAUUCCAGUCGGUUGUGCCCUCUGGAUCCCGCCGAAUAGGGCAGCAGCCCUGCGGGCAGAGGGAAGUCACUUCUACGGCAGCCCUAAGUUCCGGGAUAUCUCGCCUUACUAUGAGGGAAAGGAGGCCCUAUGCGUUCAUGGCUCCCCAAAACGAAACCCUCUGCUGUCGAGAGAAAAAUGUCAGUCGGCAGCAGCAAUGCCUGGCAGCGAUGGCGACGACAGCAGUCAGCCGGGCAGUGAUCGUGAGGCGGAGGCCGGUUUUGAAUCGCACACAAUGCUCAAGUCCAAAAAGCGUUCGUUGAAGAGCGCAAACCCCCUCAACAAGUCCAUGGACUGCGCCAUCUUUAGGUCGGAGUCCAUGUCGGCAGUCAAUCGAAGAGGAAAGUCGCCGAGACGUCGACGGCAUUUAGCAGGUUGCGAUGAAAACAAAGUUACUCUUUCUUGAGCAUGAAAACUAUUAGUCUUGAAACAAAUUAUGAUAUUACGGCUAUUUACACGAAUUCUAAAUUACUGAAUCAGAAAACCAUCAAGAAAAGUUCAUUACAUGACUAAACUUUAUGGUUGAUCAACUCUGUGAGGUCAGAAAUAUUUGACAACACCAAAAUAAUGAACGCUCAGAUGUUUUUCGUAGGAGAGAAUCUGGCUCCCAAAAUGCCAUUUCUAUGUUUAAAUAGGAUAGACAGGAACAAAAUAUUCAAUUUAUCGUAGUGCGGAUGGCAAAAGCUGCUCCCAAACGUAUGACUUACCAUUCUCCCAUUACACUGACUUUGGCUGUUGACACUUUUGGGGGAGUUGGCGGAAACUCUAACUUGCACUUUCAAAAUCAUGCUUAUUCACUCAAAAAUCUGUUCGAUUACCCCGGAGGAUACAUUCUUCCAUGAAAAAGGAAGAGGGUCUUCAGAAAAAGUCGAGUUGUGUUCAUGAAUGUUUAAGUUGGUGACACCAACCCGUCGUCAGACGAAAUGAAGAUAAAAGGUAAAGUAAGACGGCCAGACUAGACUAGUUGACGCGACAGGACAGACAUUAACAGGCGGACCAGAGAAGAGUGAUUGACCGCUCUAAAUUUGGUCUCAUUUUGUAUAUCCUGUGACUGUCUCAUUUUCUGUUUUAUCUUCAUUUCAUAUGAUGACAGGUUGGUGUAACCAACUUUAAAAUUCACGAGUAGAACUCGACUUUUUCCGAAGGAUAUCUUUCUUUUUCAUCACAUCGUCUCCGAAUGCACACCACAACUGCCCUAUAAUAUGCUUUUAUGAAUGAAAUACUAACCGCUGGGGAGUGGACAAUUAUAUUUUUGACCUUUUUUUACUCAGUCCCUCAUCUUUGACAGUAUUUCCCAAAAUUACUGACAAUCUGUCACUCUAUGACGGCCUGUGGGCUCUGUUGGGGGUUCGGAUAUUGGAAAACGGACCUGUCCUUGUGAGGUAACCAUCUCAGUCAUCUGGUAUUACAAAGUGAAUUAACCUAUUUGGUAAAUGGUCAAAAGACUCAAAAUUUUGAAGAAAAAUCUUUUAUCUGGGAUUUGCUGGAACUUCUACUUCCAAGGUUCCAAACGCGGAAAGUAAAAAGGUAGGCUUUAGGAGAGAUAAUUACAGAUUUCCGAUUUAUCUUCGAAGAAAUUGGCGUCCUUUCAGACCAGGAAGGACUGCUAUUCACCUUUUAGUUAACGACAGAGAGAUCACUCGGGACAAUCGCUACGAGACGAAACUUCCGAUCUGAUUACGAAAAUCAGUAGUUAAAUCAAGAUUUCUUUCCAUUUGAUGCAUCAACCGUCCGUGUUGGUCGAAAGAUGUCAGGCGAACUAAUUCGACUUGACAGUUCAUUCUGCAGGAUAAAAGUAGUUCUGCGUCACAAAGUUGGGGAUAAAGGAUCGAAAUCUUGGGUGGGUUCAACAAGAGAACACCAUGUUGGCGCCUUCGGGGGAUAACUGAGGAGAAUAGUCGGCAGGUUCCGAAGAGUAACUGUGUCUCUCUCGUUCUUGUUCCAGAGUUGUCCUGAAUCUAAAGUUUAAACGAUGUGGAGGGUGAGUCAUUUUUCUUACUCUUGAAAAAAUAUAGAAUUUGUUGGUGGCAUUAAACCAGCACGAGUGUUUCUAAGCUACCGUUGCGGUCUUGUUCAGAGACCAAGGCAUGCUGAGCUGGUAAUUCAAACACCUUCCCAGAGAAAACUGCGCAAUUAGAUCGUAAUCGUUAACAUCCUUGCAAAACACGAAACUGCACUCCAGUUGGACUGUUUCGUAACCACCCCAUCCUGUGAAUUCCCCUAGUCUACCUACUAAAUACCUUUUAAGUAAGAGUGUAAAAGUAGUGUUAUUGAUUCAUCGUUCGGCCCUGAUCCCUGCCACUAAAUCGCUGAUCUGGAGUCUAGAAGCAUCAUGCAAUUCCCACUUCUUACUGAUCUCCUAUAGUGUUUACUCUUGUCACGAUAAUUAAAUGCCAUGCAUUUGUGCUCACGAGGAGAUCGGUCUUAUCCUCGCAUCCCCUUCCCAUGCAAACGGUGAAUUGUCUGAGCAUUCGUGCCGAUUACUAAUGAGGUUAGAGGCAAUUCUUGACGCUGGGCAUGAACGGUUCCGUCGGUAUUUGACGCAGGACCAUAUAGGCUCUGUUUAUGACUCAUUCGAACUUGGAUCAGCUCCAUAGACACAUGCCAUGAGCCAAAGUUGGUCCCUUUUGGUUCAGGACUUCGACUGGGAUAGCAACAAGCCAGUCCAUUCAUUUUCCGUAUCGAAAUCAACGCGCCGGACACACCUGCCCGAAGAUCCAGGCGUGAGACACCGGCCAUAUCAUUGUGAUCCGACGACUCCGUUAAUACUACUGUUGGAGAUCCCUGGUAUGAAGAACAAUAGGGUCACACAGUGUACCCUAACCUGUUUUCAAGUAGCAGAACAAGGAGUUGCACAAUCCAUCCCUUUUAGAAGCACUAGCCGGUAGUCGGAAAUUUGAUUCCUUUCAAGAGUUACUCAAUAAAAGGAGUCUGUAGGCAAAAAUUACUAGGAGACUACAGAAACCACUGAUAUCUGAACUCGUUUUCUUAUUCCCAGGAAUAAAGAAGCAUUGCCGCUUCUCAAUUUCCUUAGAACUUAACUGCCAACUUGGAGUAGAUCAGUAUAUUUAAGGUCUAGGGCUCAGAACCAAGUUUUUAGGUAUGAAUAUUUGGCCCGAAGUCCAUCAGGCUUGCCGGCUUAUGCAAACAACGGAUCUCACGUCAUAAAUAAAUGAAGGAACCAAUUACAAUACAUGACUGCUAUCUUAACUCGGCAAGAUUUCAAAGCUCAGUUUCCACUUUCGUUUCCCGCAGGAUGUGGUGGUAGCGUCAAUGAGUUGGAAAAUGCCUCCGACGUCUCAUCCGUGCAUGAGAAGCGUUCCCAGAGUUCCAGUCGGGUCUCCAGCAGCCGAGAGAAGAGCAAAAAGCCGCCUUGGAAAUACUGGGGUCGGCGACAGAUUCCUGACAUCCUUGAUCCGCCAGUCUUCGAGCCUUACCAGCCCAUGAUGACUUUCGGUCCCACGAGCCUAGUCAACAAGGACGGUAAGUGGUUCUUCUCUGAAGACCCAAAAACUUGAAUCGCUGACGGCUGUCUUAUCAGUGAACGUAGUAGAUGUCGUGUGAGCUUAAACGCUCUUCCACUGGAACAGGUGACGAAUCUUAGAGAAGCGGUAAGUAGAAUUGGGAUAACGCUUGCCCACCAAUCAGCUCCAACCAAUGGAAGUUUAUCACAGAAGCCUAAGCCGAGAGUGAGACUGUGGCCAUCACAACCUUCAGGCCGGUCCCGAAUGGAAAGAGGCGGUGGACGCCAGUUUGAAGGAUUUUAUGGCAAGAUACUCGUGGUCGUACCUGUAAGGGGUUGAGGUUAGGGGUUAGAGGUUGGGGUUAGGGGUUAAUGUCAGGGGUUGGCGUUAGGGGCUAGGGUAAGAGGUAAGGGUUGAGAGUUAGGGGCUGGGGUUGGGGUUAGGCUGCGGCAUGUCAACUGCAAGGAAAUGGGAUCCAAACGAUUGUAUAUUCUGUGCAGAGUAACUGAAAAGUGGUUGGAGAGAGUUAACAGCCGAAAGAUGGCACGUCCGGCGCCCGGAGGGUGGCGUCCCACGUGUCCGUCAGGGAAUGCCUCAAGGUGUCUUAAGCCAGGACCCGUCUGACUCGGCCUUAAAUUUGAUUGGCUAAUUGGAGAGCCGAGUGGGCGGACAUCAGGCAGCCACUCAGGAGCGGCCCAGCGUUGAAACGGGCGCUCGGGGUAGGACCACUAAAAGUUCACCUGACUUCUUCGGUAGAAUUUUACUCAGAUAAGAAGUGUCUCAAUGUGAAGAAACUUCUCUUAGCUAGACAAUGUGCGCUUAGGUCCAGGCAGAUUGUUUUUGAGGAAGUGGGCGGGACAGGGCAAUUGAAGCAGCAAAAUACAGAAGCUGAGAUGGUUUGACAACAUGACACCUUGACAACGCGCCUACUUUCGCACUACAGACUGGCAAACACAAAAAGUGGAAAAACAGUCCUGGCCCAACAAACACUUCACUCGGAGAGUGGUCCAUCAUCUUUCAGUAGUAUUCUUAAUUUCGAUAUUUCACCGGCUCCGGUCUGCGUCUUGCUUUGCAGCGUCCGGUGAAUGGCCCUCAGCCCACUUUGUGAAGGUCAACCACAACCCGGAACUGCAGAGUGCGCAGAAUGAUUCCUCGCGAGUAUAUGCAGCCCUUCAGCAGAUCCAGUCCCUUCCAAGCAAGCUAACUGAUGGAGGGUAAGCGGAGGCCUUUUGACCCAUCAUUUGUCCAGAUUUCACUUUUGAAGCAACUUGUUAAGAAUGCACUGAAGCUUAUUGGUCGAAGUCAUUUUACCAACUUUCUAUGGUACAGGACUGAUUCGCGUGGAACACAGACACCAAAGUAAAAUUGGCAAACAUGUUUUCGGUAAUUCAGCACUAAGUCGCUAUGAAUAUGUGAGUCGUCGGCAGCGUUUAUAAGCAUCAGAAAAGGUUAAUUACAGUCCUCCUUCCCACGCCGUUCGCACGAAGAAGCCGGCGUACUGUGGUCAUUGGGGCUGGGGUAAGAGUGAGCGACGUUUGAAUUAUAGUGGACGGGCGUUCACCGAUAAGGUUGCGGAACGUCCCAUUGAGUCUUUGGGUUGGAGCUAGAACUCUCGCAUGCAUUCAUUUAGCGACUAGUAGUAUAAGUAUAUCUGUAUGUAAGGCUGUGUUCCCAAAACGAGUCACACGGUAGAUGUGCAAGACCAACACGGGGGCCAUAUCGGAUUCUGGCAGAGGCUAUCGGAAUGUGCACCAAAACGAAUGUCGACAUUUCGGCAAGGGGGUGCGGUGGCAGACCCAGUUGCCGUCAGAGGUCGCGCACAUUGGAACCCCCGCCUCCCAUUUUUGUCGUUGGUUAAAAUCCUGGUCAUUUGCUGUUUGGAGCAGGAGUUAUGAAGUAGAGCGCCAAGGUGCGGCCUAACCGUGCCAUUCACCUGCGCCCUCUCCCUACUCGGGUCUUCUUGACUCUGUCUUGGCAUCAGACGUAGAUGGGGGAGAAUGAGAGUUCGGUAGAUACAGCGCAAGUCCACUAUCACCAUAAACCAAUUCACGCGCAAAUCACCGUGCCUGCUUCGCUGCCGCGGAGCACACGGUGGGUGUCGUCGGCACUGACGGUCAAACUGUCGUAUGUUACGCAUGCGGAGUUUGCGUUGCUGUCAUUAGGCGGGUUGAAGCCGCGUGUGAUCUCCGCCUGGAGCUGAUGUGGGACACGGAAGACAGCGCACUUGCACCGACGUCCUCUGAAAACCAAGCACUGUAUUCGUUAGCCAAAUAACCACUACCUAGGCCGUUGCUAGCAUCCGUUGGCAUAGGCCUCUAGACUAGUCUGCUAGUACCCGAAACCACAUUUGCCAAAAUGACUUUUAAGCGUAACCUGAAAUAUUUGCAGAAUACUUAAGGUACCUCAAAUGUGAUAGAGGGCUUCCCUUCGACUACCCAUCUCUUCAACCACCUCAGUGAAGUCGUGUUUGGACAAAAAUACUACUAAUUUUUAUCCUCUUGGUUUUUUGAUGAGUCAAAAGAUCUACUCGCACAAGUUAGAAUGAAGAAGUAGAGGUUAUGAGUUACAGAGGAAAAACGGCUUCAGUUGCGGAAUUUUCAGAAAAUAGAAUGAAACCGAAAUAGGCACCUGCUUCAGACGAAAAUAUUUGGGAAAUAACUAUAAAACAUUUUCGCAUCUUUCCCGGAACAUAAGUGCUGAGUUAGACAUGUGUUGAGUGGUCGAGUAAUAAACAGUAGUUGAUUGGUACCUUCACCGAGCGUGGUUCCCACAGAUGGAUGGAAGUUGCUUAGCCAAAGGCCAGCACAUCAUCACGUAAAAGUAUCCUCUGGUUAUGUCUCGUGGUAGCCAGUGCUGAAACCCCGUUGGGAUCAAUUUUCCGGUAACGGUUAAGUAUAUGCGCGGGGUAAGGAAAAACAAUGGAGAACUGCCCACGAUAUUUUUAAAAGUUAACGUUGUUCGGUAGAGUUUUUUGUCGGCCUUUCGUGGUCAGGAUGACGUUCGCUGACCUGCAGUACCCGAAGAAUCGAAUUUGCUGGAAUGUCUACAUUGGCUCAUUGUUCUGCACCCCCCACACGUUAGUCCUUAGCAAGAUGAAAGCAUAUUUUUAGAGAGUCCUGCAUGGGGAGCAGUCAGACAGCGUGCAUACGUCUGUGAGCAAAACAGGCGUGUUAAAACGCUGGCGAAUUCGCCAAACAACAGUUAGCAGUUUCUUACCCCGCGCACAUACUUAAUCCUUGCCACCUUACGUCUAGAAACAUUGAGCGAUUUAGGUCACCGUUGCAGGAGUUUUGGGAUCCAUUGUAAACACGUGAAACCACUCUUUACUGGGUCUUCCACAGCGAACAACUUGGCUAAUUAGUAACACUUGAUGACAGUUAUCAAUUCCACCAGUGAAAAUGCUAGAAUUUGAACACCACUAACAGGACAGACAAAGCGCAAAUCCACACCCCUCAACUAACACCCGAGAACUCUACUCACAGCCAGGACUAGUCAUCACAGUGGCAACAAUACUGUGCCCAUUAAAUACCAUUCUUCUUUCCGCAACCCUCUGCAUUAGCGGUCUUCUGUGUGUCGUUACUCAUAGCCGAAGCUGGAAAUUAAACCAGGCAGCUGCUACGACUAGGCACCUUGGUGCUAACGCAUAACUCAAGACCACAGUUAGAAGGAGGUCCGCUUCUGCCAUACCUGGUUCCUCGUUUUCAUAACUUCUGGCGGGGUCUCCAGAACUCUAGGAUUCUCAGAAAACCAAUUUAUUUAAUUACUGUGCACAUAGCACGCAGUGACUAGAGAUGCCUUAGAAUAUCCUAUUGCUAGGACAAAAUGUGCGCUCAAGACGGAUAGUUAUCGAAUUACUCAUCGUGUAUACCAUCGACGGAAGCCGCAGAUGCCUGAGCUACGGAACCAGAAUAAAUCCUGCGUGGUUGCCUCUGAAAUGGAGAAAAUUUUUGGUUUCCUUAAAUGUCAGAAAAGAAGUUUACUUCCUUUUGAGCCGGCCUCCAGGCGCAUACAAUUGGGAGAGCACUGAAUCGGCAUCUAGUCCAGAUCGUUGGCUAGACACAAAAAGAAAAACAGACCUAUUGUCGUGAAUUAAUAAAAAGUUAGUAGGUCAUUCAACUGGAAGAUUUCCAGAAAGUCAGCAAUUGAAGAGGUCUGCAACCAGGUUACUUUCCAGAAAUUUCGCACCUUAAAAUACCUUUUGCAAUAAAUGGAAAAUGAAGAUGACGAACACUGCUAGUAAAACAAGUGGUCGCCUGCGGAGUAGCUUCGAGUUUCUACGUACGGUCGGAUGGGGAUGAUAGACCUGGGUCAGGGCGUCUCAAUGAUCACCCGCCGAUUUGUUCUAAAUGACACAAGAUCUAAGAAGUGAUUUCGCGCUGUGGCACGGACGCUGAGAGGACGUAACGCAAACCAAGGGACAGAGAAAGGCGGCAAUAGUGCGCAUGCAAGCGGACUUUUAGAUCGUUUUUGGUUACUAAAAGACGGAGUUUCCACCUAAGCGAACUCCUCACGUCAACUUUUAAAAGGUAAAGCUUCCUCGGGCAAAAUGAUAGGACUGGGACGCGUGGAGCGUACAGUUUAGUUACCUUGGACGUGAUGGCUGGCUGUCUUUCGGUUACCCACCUCACAUAAAUGACUACCACCGAAUAGUCAUUUUUAGUUUCGAACAUAUGAAACAUUACCUUUCGUGCGAUCUAGUUUCUGCAAAUACGUAAUUUAUAAAUGGAACGAGCAAAUCAUUGGCAGUUUCAGCAGAACAUUAGUGCAUUCAUUGUCGUAGAACGCAACCCAAAAGUAGGCAAAGAUAGCGAAGAUGGACGCGAUAUAAAGGCAAAGGCAUGUACUUCCGAUGACGGUAGAAAGUUAUCAGUGGGAACUACAUUGAGAUGAAAAGCGUUUACGACAGAAAGGUCUCGCUAGUCUGCGACUGGAAUAUUUAAAUGAUAAUUCAGGACGGAGAAGUUGAGAGUUCGAAGGUGAAAAGUUGAGAAAUAGAACUGGAUCAGAAGAUGAAGUGGAGAGCAUACGUAGCUAUCAAUAAAUUCUCGUAGGGCCAGUACAAUUAUAUGGGAAGGGGUAGAAGUAAAAACACGUCAGUGAUAACAUAAAUCACCGAGACGGAUUCAUUGUGACGUUGACGUUUUUUGUGAGCCUGGUCGACUCAUUGUUGUCGAAACAUGAAAUAUACAAAAUUGAACGAAACAUUUAAAUGAUUUAUCCAGCUGGUCGGGCUUGAGCUGUGCUACGGACACUGAGAAUGAACCCUAAAAAUCUUGCAUAGACAAACUAGUUGAUCUGAUUUUCCAUCCAGGGGAAAUGAGCUAUUGGGAGCUGCGGAAGCCAGAAAGCCCGACAGCAACAUUAUUUCCACGACACUAAUUGUGUGUAUAUUUGUGUGCCUUUGAACACAGUGACAUUAUCCGCAGCGAGUCGUGCGGGAACAUGGAGAAAGGAAACGACCUGGAGGGCCUCAAUCCCCUCGAGGGCUCAUUAGAGGGCAAUGAGGACGGACUGACGGGGAUACCACUUCGAGAUCUCUAUCGCCAAAGGAUGAUCAAGAAUCUAAAGGAGACAAAGGCGAACAGGCGAAAGAAAUCGGGCACCAAAUCAGUCAAGAGCCAAUAA